UGGCAAUUUGAACCGAUGCAUAUAUGUGCCUGGCCCUACGUUGUAGCUGACUGACCGGAAUAAUAAACUUGUCGACAUAAACUACUCGGUCCCACAAGUUUUUCUCUUUCGUAGUUUUUAUAGGAAGCUGUAAGUGUUUUUAAACUCUGUUGAAGUGUAUGCUAGACUAACACAAGAUAUUAUGUUUGCUAUUCAUGUAUCAUACGGUAUAGAUGUUGACACAAAUGUGGCGAUAUUUUUUCAGGUCACAAAUUGAUUUACAAGACAUCACGUGAAGUGAUACAUUAUUUAUGAACCUCAUAAACAGAAAAGGUAGUUGUCUGUUAUAUCCUUUAGUUGAUGAUUUUUGUGUUACUUUUGAAUAUCUCAUUGUCUCUUUACAUGUUCUCAGUCUCCACCUACCUCAACGGGAGAAUGUUUUGGUGGUGUAUAAAUAAGCUGGUAAAAUGGUAGAGGAUGCUAAACUGAAAUAUGGCAUCAGUUCAUGAUUGUUGAUGUGAGUUAUACUGCUAGCAGCAGACUACCUAGUCGGGAUUCACGAUAUAAUCGCGAUCAAUGGCUUCAGACUUCGAAUGAUAUGGGUCAGAAUCAUUUACAAUGGCACAGAUACAUUCACUCUUUAUCUUCCUCGGAUUCUGGCAUUUCUUCGUACAUACGUUCCCACUGCGUAUUUCUGAAGCAUAUUCUCAAUACUAAGUCUUUCUCAUUGUUAUUGAUACUACGUUACUUUGAUUCUUUGCUAUACAUUUUGUCGAUUUCAUAUUGUGCUCAUAUGGCAUAGUAACGUGAACUGACGCACAUCUGCGAGACUCAAUGUUGUCUGAUCUGAUCUCAUUGUAUCACAUCGUUUUCCGUUUCAGGUAGUCGUAUUGUUGGUCAAAGCCUUUCUGCAUCGCGAUCGUCAAUGAAUGAAAGUGUUGGUGAUCACUAUUUACUAUCAGGCAAACCCUUCAUUUCCUCUUGCAUAUCUCCUAUUUUUUCUGGUUCGGGUGGAAUCCCUAUUAUGACCACUGUCCAAUCCUCUACAAAUGCUUCUGUAUGCUCAGGGCCACCUAAAAGAACAGUUGUUCACAAGUACCACUCUUUUAGGAAAAUUUUACCGAAAUCAGAUAGACCAGUCAUGCUUCCGACUGUACCAGGAUUCGGCAUGUCUCCAUUCAGUGUGAACACCGCACCACUAGGUAGAUUUUCAGUACCCAGUGGCAGUUUUGGCAUGUGUAGACCUGGUUCACUUGGGGCUAAUACUGUUUUACCUUGCGAAGUAACCACUAGCAGAACUUAUAUCAUGGACAUCGGUAUAUCAAACCUAACUGAUGAUGGUUCAUCAAUUCCAAUUCGACGCAAUUUGUGUGCUACUUCCUUAGCGCUUGCUAACCCAAACCAGUCAGUAUUAGCGAAUAAUCCAGCAUCUCAGUUGCUUAAAAGCCUGCUCGAACGUGACGAUUCACGCUCUGUCACAGGUGUUGUUACAUUUACUGCGGAAAAUAACUUGUCGUUUUCUAUGUCUACUGUUGUUAGCACUUCAAGCUCCACUUCUGGUAGCGGGACUCCGCUUUGGAAUCAGCCGGCUCACCAGAGUCGUGGAACAUGGCAGUUAGGCAAACGAGCUGUCAGUAGUUCCAGCCACCGCUCUCUAUCAGACAGUAUAUCCCUCAAAAUAUCUCAGUCUGUUUUCCCUACUCCAACCAGCUCUCAGCCUCACUCCUCUCCUACUUCCUCUAAUCCUGCACCUAUUCUCCCACCAACUUUACGUUUGACACCAGGACCGACUUCUCGAUUACAACAGCUUCAACAACAUUAUCAACGACAACAAGAGGCUCAAAGACGCUUUGAACAGGAUUCAUUGAAUAAACUAGGUGUUGCAGACAGUGUAUAAACAGAGACCGUAGCUCGCCUUUUCUUACCGUCACAAUUGAUGUUAAAAAGAAGUGAAAAUAUUUAACUCAUGCUUGUUAACUUAAUCUGCAAAAUUGUUUGCCACAUACACGGUAGCUUAUGUGUCAUUCCUUGUACUUUAUAUCUACAUAAUCUGGCAGCAACAGCGGUUACUUUUCAGAUGUUUUUUCUCUCCUCUGGUACUUUCCAUCGUGUAAAUAUGAUCUAGUGAACGAUUACGUAUAUUCCAUAACUGAAACUAUAAAUAAUCUAUUAAAAAUAUAGUCCUACAUACAUUAUAGAUAAUUGAAAGUUGUGGCUGCAUUUCUAACAAUUCUACAUGUUAACUAUUAAUGUGAAAUAUGAAUAUAUAUUUAUGUAAUUCAUUCUUACCGAGUUCGCAUUGAUGCGUUCUAUUUCAUACUGAAAUCAAUUUUUUUUUGUAUAUUUUUAUCAUUCAGAAUGUUUAGACCAAAACAGCAUAUAUACGUACAUGCAUACAUAGACACAUAAUCCCAAGUAGUCCCUUCUCCAAUUUAUAAAACUUACGUAAUUCCCAUUUUGUUACUACAAAAUACUUUGUUAUUGGUGAGAUUCUUAACCCUCGCAAACAGAGUUUACAACCCCUACAUGAUAUAUAUAUAUAUAUAUAUAUAUAUAUAUAUAUAUAUAUAUAUGACGGUUUCCAUUUUUACUCGUGAUGUUCCUCCGUAUUUACUUCAUCACUAUUUUCCUUAGCUUCAUGACAUGUCAUAGUUCUCUUUUUUCUUAAAAUUAAACGUGUAUAAGAGCUUUAAUUAUUGAGUCUUUUCCUUCAAACUACAGUACUUAUGAAAUAAAAUAGCCACCAUUCAUUUAAUUCGUGAUAUUGUAGAAAGCAAGUAGUGUGAAAGUGUUAUACGUCUUCGAUUCAUUUGGUCAUUUAUGUUAUAGUUAUUCACAGUUGUGUCUAGAUAGUGAGUAAUAAUACCGGAUUCAUUUUUCUCUUAUUUACUCAACUUCUGAUGAGCUUUGUUUUUUAUUUUCAAAGCUAAGUGGAAGCUCGUAAUUAUAAUAUUAAUGUAAAAAUUACAUGAUGUUAAUAACCACACUUUUCAAACAUGC